CCAUCCCCCGAGCUGCCUCCUGGAUCUGGCUCCGGAUCUGGAUGCGGGCAUCCUUUGGAUUUUGCGCUGAACAACGCGGACCCCCCACUGCAAAGAAAACUUAAACGGGACAACAAUGGUGGCUGAAUACGCGGCUGCUGGUCGUUUCGGGGACCGGGGAUUGCGCUCGGUGUGACAUUCACUUGCACGCUGGUGUGGAGUUUUUAUUGUUCUGGUCCCGCAGACGCAGAGACACAGCGGCGAAUCUGUGGAGAAGAUGUUGAGCCGAUUCAUGAGUGGCAGCCUCAGGAAUCUGGAGCGGGAAUACAGCUGCACUGUCAGGCUGCUGGACGAUACGGAAUAUACGUGCACCAUUCAGCGGGAUGCAAAAGGACAGUAUCUGUUUGACCUCCUCUGCCACCAUCUAAACCUACUGGAGAAAGACUAUUUUGGCAUCAGAUAUGUGGAUCCAGACAAGCAGCGGCACUGGUUGGAGUUCACCAAAUCAAUUUCAAAGCAAAUGAAAUCUCAGCCUCCCUUCACUAUGUGUCUGAGAGUAAAGUUCUACCCUCCUGAUCCUGCUGCUCUCAAGGAGGAAAUCACUCGAUAUUUGGUCUUCCUGCAGCUAAAGAGAGACCUCUAUCACGGUCGUCUCCUGUGCAAAACCUCAGACGCUGCCAUGCUGGCUGCCUACAUCCUUCAAGCUGAGAUCGGUGAUUACGACCCUGGGAAGCAUCCUGAAGGUUACAGCUCCAAAUUCCAGUUCUUUCCCAAGCACUCGGAGAAACUGGAGCGCCGGAUCGCAGAAAUACACAAAACUGAGCUGAUCGGACAGACUCCUGAAACAUCAGAGCGAAAUUUUCUGCUGAAAGCCCAGAUGCUGGAGACAUAUGGUGUUGAUCCACAUCCAUGUAAGGAUGUGUCGGGGAACCCCGCUUUUCUCGCCUUCACGCCAUUUGGCUUUGUGGUUCUUCAGGGAAACAAGAGAGUUCACUUUCUUAAAUGGAACGAGGUGUCCAAGCUCAAAUUUGAAGCCAAGACUUUCCACAUAUAUGCAAAUCAGAAGGAGGACAGAAAGAUCAUUUUAACGUACUUCGCGCCUACGCCGGAGGCCUGCAAGCACCUUUGGAAGUGUGGUGUGGAGAAUCAGGCAUUUUACAAGCUUGAGAAGUCCAGUCAGGUUCGCACUGUCUCUAGCAGCAACCUUUUCUUCAAGGGCAGCCGUUUCCGCUACAGUGGAAGAGUAGCGAAAGAGGUAAUGGAGCAAAGUGCCAGAAUCAAACGUGAACCUCCAGAAAUACACAGGUCUGGGCUUGUGCCCAGCAGGAGUUGUCCAUCCAUUACCCAUGGGCCUCGCCUCAGCAGUGUUCCCCGUACACGUCGGAGAGCUGUGCACAUAUCUAUCAUGGAGGGUCUGGAGUCUUUGCGUGACAGUGCCCACUCUACACCGGUGCGUUCGGUGUCCCAUGGAGAGCCUUUCCUACCCCGGUCCCGCAGCCACGCAGAUGCCAGCGACGGGAUGGCAGUCAUCUCGGACGAGGCCUACAGUCCCUCAGAUAGUGUCCUUCCCACCCCAGUGGCUGAACACAGCACAGACAUGGCCGUCUCACGCCAAAUAAACGGCGCGCCCUGCAGCAUCGAGGAGGAAAAGGAGUCAGAGGCGGGCACCCCCAUGCGGGGGGAAGGGGGUGAUUUCGGGGCGGAUGGUGGAGCUGCCCAGGAAGGAGCAGGGGAGGACUCGGCCCUGAGCGAAGUGGAACAGGUGAAUAAGUUUGUCUUAAGCGUCCUCCGUUUGCUCCUCGUCACCAUUGGACUCCUUUUUGUCUUGCUCCUCCUCCUUAUCAUCCUCACCGAGUCAGACCUUGACAUCGCAUUUUUAAGCGACAUCCGUCAAACCCCCGAGUUCGAACAGUUCCAUUACGAAUACUUUUGUCCCCUCAGGCGGUGGUUCGCCUGCAAGCUCCGCUGGGUGGGUGGGUUGCUCAUUGACAACUGAGGUUGUAGCAUCACAAAGGCCGUUCAGGUUUGUGAGAAGACGGUUAGGAGUCUGGAGUGUUGAAGGACAACUUCAUCCGAACCAAGAACCCAGCUUCUCAUCUUCCUCCUGCAGAAAACAAAACAACUCGGACCUCUCCUUCUAACACUAAGCCAGGAUCUUUCUCCCACCACCUCAGCUUUUUAGUUGCACACCCCUCCCUCCAGCUAUUAUGUUUGGGUUUUUUGCUUAGCAAUGCCUGAAGAUAUAUAUUUUUGUUUUGCAUUUUUUAAGUCAUUUCAGGAACUUUAUUUUUACAAAAAAUACAAAAGAAAAAAAAUUAUGAAAAAAUAAGUAACUGAGGAACCUAAAAUUUACGUUUCUGUGGAAUGGGAUAUAUUGAUUUUUUUUCUUGGCGCAGAUUAGCAUUGCAGAUGGUUAUUUAUUUCUGAGAAGCAUGCUGUGGGCUGUGAAAGGCUAAAUACCCCUGUUGCAAGUUUUUAUGUUUUAAAAAGAAUUGGAUCAUGGGAAAUAAUUUCAAAACUUUUUUCAUCUUUAAUGUGAGAUAUUAAUUUUUUUCCUCAACAAAUAAAUAGACAAAUCUGUUAGAAAAAAAAUUAAGUUGUUCGCCCACCAUUAAACUAAUAUUUUGUUGAAGUAACUUUUGUCUCAGUUUCAGUACUCAGUCUGUGGUACACGGACAGUUCUCAGACAUGAUUGAAAUCUAUGAUGGUAAUUAUUCUGGGAUCUGUCUAAAGACUGACAUCAGAACUGAAUAAGCUGCAGAAAAUCUGUGUUCAGCAGUGUAGAAUAUUUUUUAUAUCUCUGGAUUUGUAAAUAAGGUGGCAAAGGAAGACAUGUUCCCCAAACAAAGGUCACUGCACAUCAUUCACACAGCAAAAUGUGGUAGCGGCAGCAUCAUAAUCUGGGGUUCCUGUUCUUCACAGAAAGAAAGCAGUUCCAAACACAUUCAGGUGUAAGAAAAACAUUAAUUUCAGCAUCCCAGCAUGCAUCCAAAUCAACAUAUGAAUGGCUUUGCUAAAGAAAAAGUAAAGUUUGGAUUUAUACAGCAGCUCACAAAGUCUUUUGGUUCACCUGAAGAGGGUUAUGAACAGGAUUUGUCUUCAGAAUGGGAGAGUAAUCCAAUAUUACCAAGUCAUGAUGUGGUGUGCUGAUGAGACUGGAUGGUGAAACUGAAUCAAAAGAUGCUUCUGUAAGGCAUUAGUUUCAGUUUAUACACACUUCUGAAAUCAAGUACGGCACAUUAUUUGUUUCUAGAUUUUCCCCCUAACAGAUUUAUGUUUGUUAAAUUAUACAAAGCAAUAUCGCAUAAUGUAACAUGGUCUAUCAAAAAAAAAAAAUCUGCCUUUUUAUCAGGAGUGCUUAGAUAUUUAAGAGCCACUGUAUGUAAUGAAGAGAAGAAGGGGAGGUAAUGAAUGUUAAUCCAGGAAGUCGAUUCAUCUUCAAGAGAUGCAAGUGAGUUAAGAGUCUGGAAAGGCCAACUGCUGCGAUGGAGUCAAGGUCUUCUGAUGUCCAUUUAUUAUUAUGAGAAGACAAAGAGCUGGUUAACCUCUUUAUAAAAGACCAAGAGGAAUAGCUUGAAAAGGGAGAAAAGAAAGGGAUGUUAAAAUAGAAAACAGACAGGAUGAAUACCAAAUGCCUUCUCUGAAAACAUAUUUAUGACUGUUUAGAUUUUUGGGGGCAAUUGAUUAAGUCUGGUUGAACAUCCAUAUACAGUGCUAUACAAGAUCAGCUGAUGGAUAUGAAACUAGUUUUUCAAUUAUUUUCUAAGAAUUCAGUGAACUAAAGCUGUAGUGUCAUGCGGCCCGAUAGUGUCUGAUGCAAUUAGAUAAAUCCUCACGAUGAGCAAAGACUCACUGGCACUAGUAGAUACUGUUCUAGCUAGAUGUGCAAUGCUGAUGUGAUUUUUAUUAAGUACUUUGAAUGUGCUCAUUUAUUUGAUUUUGUUGUUGUUGUUGUUUUCAUCAAAUUGAAAUUCAAUGAAUUUCAGUUAGUUUUUUUUAUGAAGAGCUUGAUCUAUUUUGGUUUCAGCCUUGCCCUUCAGUUUCUGUAUAAUACUAUAUUAUUGUAACUGCUAGAAUAAGAGCAAUGAUGUACAUUUUUGUACAAAAUAGUUUGUUUCCUAUUAUAUAUAUCGACAGUUUUUUUCCAUGUAUAUUUUACCAGAACUGAAAUGUUAUUUUGUUAUUGAAGAUUAAAUUAUACCUUUUUUAGCACUGCGUUUCAAGUGAGGUCAGACGCGUUGGAGACGAGGAAGGAGUUGGGGAAAAAAAAAUGUUGACCGGGACUUUUUAUCAAGAUUCACUCACCAGUUAUCACAUCUCCCUUCACUACCAAUAGUCAGUCUAAAGUCUGCAGUGUAUGUGUAGUUAUUACUGAUUAACUUAAAUAUGAUUUAUUGGUGCCAAUCAUUGAAAAAUACAAUUUUAUCUGUUGUAACUUAAUCUGAAGUAAUUUUACGUAAAAGAAGAGAUACAGCACCCUCAACACUUCCUGUUUUUUUUUUUUUUUUUGGUAAAGGUGUAAAAAGCCUUAAAAUGGAUUAGACUUUCAUGAUAGUAAUGCAAGUUCACACUUAAUUUUUUUAAAGUACAAGUUUUAAUGUGUCUGAAGUUAUUCAGUGAGGCCAAAAAAACAACAGCUUUUUAAAAGAUCCCUGCUGUAGAACCUUUUACCAGUCAGACAGCUGUUAGCCUUCAUUUCACAAUACAUAGAGAGGGACUCCUCAUCCAGACUCUUAGGUUUCUUUUAUGCACUUUUCUCAACUUGCCCCUUAGGUUUUAUAUAAUAUUUAUGACUAAAAUGGUCAAAGAACAAGGUCGAUUUGAUGUUUUCUGAACCACUUCUGUUUUUCUUUGGUAUGGUUUGGAUUACGUCUCUGAUGAAAGGCCCCAAAAUGACCUAUUUCCAGUUGUCCAUCAGAAAUCAUCAUAUUUUUAUGUAAAAGGCUCCUGAAGAUUAAACAGACCCAUAGCAUCACAUAUCUUCUAUCACAGUCAACACUGAGUAUUUGAUCGAAUGAGUCUAUUUUCCUUUCAAAAGGAAUAUUAUGAGAGUACAUGGCACUAGAAAAUAGAUAGAACCAGAGAUUCACAGUUCCUCCAUCUGACUGAACAACGGUGAUUAGAUACUUCCACAUAUUCUUCCUCUAUUUCACAUUUCAGACUUGGUGACUCAAUGAUGCUUUUCUGACAUUACAAAUGAAAUCAUAUUAAAGACACAAGUUAUUAUUAUUAUUAUUUGUAUUUCAUUGUGAGAUUAUGGUAGGACAAUAGAAAAGUGAUUUAUUUUAAGGUUUGUUACACAUCUUUACUACGGUUGCCAAUAUAUGGAGAGGGUGCACAGCUGUAAGCCUGAUUCACUGCAUCAACAGACCAAUGAAGAUAAAACAUUUGACUAUUGAUCUAAUUUAAUUACAGUAUAUUUCUGUGGCAGUAUAUUAGAUAAACUGGAAUUGACGUGAUUUGUUUAUUGAUGUAUUGAAUUGCCAGUUACUUUCACAAAUAUUGCCAAGUUUGUCUGCUGCAGUUUAUGCAUUUUAUUUUGUUGGUUAAGUAAACAUAAACAGAUUAGAGAUUUUUUGUAUUUAAAUCAAUACAAAAAACAUGUCUGCUUCAGGGAGCAAUGACCGUAACGGCUUCCGGAUGGUGGCUAAAUUGUGGCCUGUUUUUGUAAUUGUGUGUGAGAACAGACACAAGAUUCAAGAUGAUUGUGGUAGAUGGAGAAAUUGAAGCAGAUUAGCCAUGACCGAAGGAAAAAUAGUACAAAUGGAUGAUCUGAAACAGUUUGGCAAUGGAAAGCACCUUUUUAUCAUCUGUGUGUGUGAUGGCUGGACAGGGUUCUCUUUUUUUAACCUUUCUGCAGCUGCUCCUCUGAAGGCCUCGCGGUGCUACUUUUCUGUCUGCUCUGGUGUAAUAUGACUCCAUCAGUCCCUGGUACGGUUGUAGUCCUGAUGGGGGAGUAGCAUGUUCUCUGGAUCCUCUCUUGUAGCUCGGUAUAUUUCUCAGUCAGUGUUAAUCACUGUUGAAGUCAACACUUUAUAUCAAAUCAACAGAGCUACACUAGAAGGCAACCUGUCAUCCACUUCAACUCUCAACUUUUUUAUUACUUCUGUAUAAUUACAAAGCUGAGAUAAAGCACACAUUUCAGAAUAUUAGAAGACAGGGUUUUUUUCUUGUGUACAUUUAUGCUUCAUAUUUAUUACACCUUUAUGGAAUUCCAGAAAUGCCACCAUUAAAUAAAUAUUUUUUUAAAUGUCACUAUUUCAAAUUCAAAACAAAUACAUAAUCUAUGACGUCAAUAGGUGUUUAAAUUUGCCACUUACUUUUUAAAUUAUUUAUAAAAGCACAUUAACUUUAGUUAAUUAAAUGUUCUGUCUACUUUACUCUGUCAAAGAUCAGAACCGACAGUUCUAUUUAAUUGGUCAGAACUGGAUUUUCUGUGCGAAUGAACCAAUCUGGUUCAGAAAAUUGAGUUAACAAUUAAAUAUAAUUUUAGAAUAGGACAUAUUUGAAUUAAAUAUCUCAUGAUAAUUUAUUUUUAUAUUUAUCAUUGUUAGAUGUAUAAAUAUUUAUGAGAUAAACUUUUAUUUAUUACCCAGUGGCACUUUAGGAAUUCCAUGCUUCUUCAUCCAGCCGCAUUGUUAUUAAACAUUUCUUUGAAGUAUGUGUUGGUGUUUUGUUGACAUCAGCAUUAUGUAGCUUUAGUGGUCUCCAAACAUGCAACAUUCACUCUUUAAGGCAGCAUUAUUCUAGGAGCAAUAAACUAGCUCUAGGAGCAAACGGUGAGAUGCACAGAAAUAAAAAGUUGAAUAAUGUUUCAUAUUUCAUGUCUCUUUCUUGAAAAAAGCACAUAGAAAACUGCUGCUGGGAUUACUCUGACAAUGACCUACAAAGUUACAGCUGUAUUGAGCAAGUUAACAUCUUCUAACACUUCUUGAGUUGAUGUUUGUUCUGCUGUCUAUUUCUGUUUUAUUGACUAUUGUUCCUGGUGCCUGCAUUUUACAGUAACCAAAGUGGCUACAUGAAGGAACAGAGUUGCCUUCAGCAACAGAUAUCUGCAUCUUUCUCCAUUUUUAAGGUGAAAAGAUAAGGACAACAUUAUCUAAAAAUGCUUAACAUAAUCUUGGGGGACGCUCAGAUCCCAUCUUGGUUUUGCGUUCAACAUUUACGUCCAAUUUCAUGUUUACGUGUAAUUUUUUUCACUUGCUUUUAUUCUCUAUCAGGAGAUGAGUGUAGUUUGGUCAGAUGUGCAACUAUGAUCAAUAUAUUUUGUUUUAUAAAGAAAAGGUCAUCGGUACUUGAAGCAGUGUUUUUUGCACUGAAAGAUUAAGUACUCAUUUCACUUUAACUGCUGAAAACUGAGGUUUUUAUUUGUUUUUUUCCCCUUACGCCACCUCAGGCACAUAAGUUCAACUGAUUUUCUUUUUAUACUGUAUGCAGAAUAAAUCAACUUAAUUAUUAACCUAAUUUUCAUAUUUAAUCCUGGCAAGUCAUGUUGCACAACACAAAUAAUGAAACUUGCCAUGACUUUAAAUCCAGCUCUGCUUUCUGCCUCUCUGUUACUCUCAGUAGAAAUCCCCCACACCACGGUGCAUACAUGUCAGAAUAUGUGCAUCAACGUGUCUGGUGGUGUGAUUUGUAGUUUGCCUCAUUUUUUUCCCCCUUCGAUUGGAAAUUGUUGUUUAAAUUCUGUUAAAUAUUUAAAACAUGUAAAUCUUCUAAAAAUUCAUGUGCCAAAUCCAGUUCUUGUUUUGUCUAAUCCAUUCCAAACCCAUGUUUGUACUGUAGGCAAGUUUCUGUACAAGUCAGUAUAAAAUAUUGUUGCUCCCCAAUAGUCCCUGUAUCUGGUGCCAUUAAAGGAAACUAUUCAAACUUGAAAUAAAGAAAAACAAAAAAAAGG